AUGCCCGAUACCGCAUCCAGGGGAUUUCAAUUGGGAACGACACUAGACUCGACAGACGAUUUGCAGGCGCUAAACGGGAAUAUCAGCGACGCGAACAAAGACGCUAACGGGAUCGAGAAAGGCGACGACAACGACAGCAGCAAUAACAAUAACAAUAACAAUAACAAUAACGACAGAACCGUCACUACCACUGCUACUGAUCCAGCUAUUGCCACUGCCACUGCCACUGCUGCUACCGGUUUAAGUUCUACGACACAAAAAUCCGACGACACUAUCACUCUCGACGGAUUGGAAGAGAACACCCACACACCCACAGACGUGCACAACGACAGGGAAAACGACGUCGUUUCUCACGGAAACCUGGAAUUAAAUUUGGGAACAUCAAAAACAGAAACAACAAUAACAACACCACCACCACCACCACUACCCAAAUCACCAAACACAGCGCUUGGUUUUACCAACCACAACGACCGCAGCCCUAUCACUGCUGACAUCAACGGUAGGCCCAGCGAGCACAAGCAGCCUUCACAGACCGUCAACGACAUCUCUUCGACUACGCCAUCCGCGGUCGAACACAAUCCCGCGUCAACAACAGCAGCCGACCACGAAGGUCUUGAGGCCGCAGCACGCACUCAGAGACCCGAACAGCAGCUCCAAUCGCAACUGGCUAGUCAAUCGGACGCCAUAGCACUUCUCAACGACAAGCUCCAGCAAGUGGAAAAUUCGGCGUGCACCACAGACGAGGGACUCAACCAACUUUUAGGCAAUCUCUCUGCUUCGACCCGCAAUCUAGCGCAUAACCAGCAGGUACUCGAAAACAAACUCGAGGACUUGCUCAGAAACCAAGUUCACACCGACUCCAGCGUCAACGCAUUACUGGAGAAACUUCAAGGCGUAUCACAGUCGAUCCACAGAGCCGCAAGAUCAAACGCUCUGGCAUCAUCAUCGGCAGGUGCACCACAAUCGAUCCAUCGCGGACCAGGUAGACCUCCAAAAACCAGAAACGGCUGGUUCUCCGUCGCAAACUCGCUCUCCAUGACCAGCAAGGAUUCGCUCCCAGACAGCAACGUGGGAAUUCCCCGCAGCCGGCGCAUGUUUCAGGAUCCAGAAUCGUCGCUAGACGCUGAAUCGGGACUCGCCGGCCAAGCCAGGUCCUUGAGACAACAACAAACCAGCUCUUCGUCAGCAGCCUCAGAAGCCGCACCCAAAAAAAGGGGUCCAGGUAGACCACCUAAACGGAAACAUCAUUGGGCCGAGAGAGGACAGAGCGGCUCAUCUCGUGCACAGAGCGCCGAGGGUGCCACUGGUGACUCUGACUCCGAGCAUGGCAAAGACGAAGAAGACGUCGAUGAAGAUGACGAUGACGAAUAUCAUGCAUCUGAUGAACCUAAACUCGAGGACGACGACUACUUGGCCCGUUCUUUGGGCGAUAAUUCAGGCUUGCAAGUCGAAGACUCAUUUUACGAACAAAAAGCUCAACGUGGCAGAGGUCGUCCGAGCUCCAAAUCUUCUGACAAAGCUCAGCCUUUGACAACAGCACAGAUGAAAAUGCAGCAAGAGCUGGAAAGGCGCCGAGACGCUCGCGAGCAAAUGCUUGUGUCCAUGAAGUACAGCGACCGUAACAAGGCCAAAGUGUUUAUGGAGUCUAAUAAAGAGUUAUUGAGAGCAAUGCGAGAAGAAGAAAGACGCAAGAGAAUGACAGCUUUUCAUUACGAUUCUCAAAAUCAAUCUGGUGGAAACACCCCUAUUAACACGGCUGGUCACAGUUCUCCUUCUCCAAAUGCCGCUUCCGGAAUAGGCGCUACGCGUCUGUCUCAAUUCGCAACUUUGGCUGCAGGGAACCACGGCUUUGACGCUGAGAACCAUGAUCCUUCCAUUGUCGCUCAAGGAGCAUCUUCUCACACCGAAGGCGGUCCCGGAACCCCACCUUCAGAAUCAACGCGCGAAGCUACUACGACCCCAACACUAGCCUCAAUUGCAGCCUCAUCCGAUUACAACACACCCAUGCCACCACUACCACGGAAAGUUGGGAUUCUAUCAAUGCUCAACGAAGAUGAAGGCGAGGCUUCUGGUCAUAAGCGGAGGCACCCAGAGCUUUACGAAAACGGUCUUUCUCCAGACUUUCCAAGCAAAAAAGAGAGAUUAGAGGAAGGUCGCGAUUUUCGGUCUAUCAUCCCCAUGCUUCCGGAGAAAAAAGAUAACAGAGGACGUCCCGCAAAUAGUAGUAGUAGCGGAGACAAUUCCACUGCUCUAUUAUUAGCGUCUCCAGUAGAGCUACUCUGUCGUGAUGGCUACUUUUACCGUAAAUCAAAUCCAGAACUUCCUAUCACCACUGGAGAUUAUCUCGAGUUCAAAUUCAAGUCUAAGGAAGACGAAUUAAUUCGUUUGAACUUGAGUCAAUCGGAUUAUGCCGAGCUCACAAGACAAGAUAGGAUCAACGCUUAUUUCUUGAAGCCGGACAUCGAACGAGAAACAGAUUUCGCUUGUCGACUUCUGAGCAAGACUGUAUUAACAGAACGAUACGUCAACAGUCUGGAAUAUUUCACAAUGGAGUUCCGUUGGGAAAACAGACUAGUUGGACUGGGUCUCAAACUGCGCGAGUCUAAGAGAACCUGGCAAAGACGGAAAGCUUUGUUCGCUUUGUUUGAAUUCUGGAGAGACAAGUCUAGAGAGAAGAGAGGAUUUCCUGAGUACACUAUGAUGCACGCCGUCAAAGAAAUGGAAAAUUAUCGUAUCUUCAUCAACAGGUCAGUAUCAUGGUUUUACAACCAUAUCACCUUGCUUAAGAUGAUUUUGUAUGAUUUGUGUGACAACACUCAAACUCAAUGGAGAGAGUGGAUGUUUCCAAGAGGCCAACCGAUUCCCGUGGUUGGAGAAUCUCUGGCCGAAGACAAAUUGAACGCGGCCAUAGGCCAGGUCCUGGCUUUAGACUUUCUAGAAGAUGGCACCGACAAUCGCGAUGUCAAGGCGUCGUCUGCUAAUGUAGUGGUUGAGCAGACUCCCGCUGUUGACGAACAAAAAACCGAAUGA